AUGGGCUUCAGCUGCGUGGAUCACAUCCAGACGGUUUCGAGGAUUAUCGAGGUUCGCCGAAAGCGCUUACCUCUCGUUCUAGCCUUCGUUGACUAUGAAAAAGCGUUCGACGCCGUUGGAUUGAUGCCAUUCUGUCAGCGCUCGUUGACCAAGGAGUGGACCCAUCUUACCGGAGACGAUGUUGGAGGAACUGAAGAAGUAGGGCAGAUAGGACUGCAAAUCAACCGGAAGAAGAUUCAGUUCAUGAAGAACGCUUUUUGCGAGGAUAAUGAAAUGGAAUUGGAAGGCUCUCCAACCGCGGAGACGUCUUCUUACAUAUAUCUCGGGCGUUCGAUGAACAUGCGAUCUGAAAGAAAAACUAAACAGGAGGCGAAGAGCAGCUUGAGGCGUAUUCGAGCUAAAGGAGGCCACAGACCAACUGACGGACCCAGAGCUCCGAGCCCACCUAUUCGAUUCGUUCUUCUGGCGCUCUGUUACACAGCAGAGAGUGGCCUGACACUAUAG